GUGGUCACGUGCUGGGGUGAAGAUGGCUGCAGUGACAGAAGAGCAGUUUACAGCUCUGCAGAUCUUACUGAAGGCUUCCUCAAAGGAUGUAGUUAGACAACUGUGCCAGGAGAGCUUUUCUAGUUCAACAAGUGGCUCAAACAGGUUAAUUGACAGCACCUGUUCCAGUCUGUCUGUAACACCGGAAGAAGCAGCUCAACUAAUCUGCUCUUUGCACAGCCUCACCAGGCACGUUGUAUAUCGAGGCCUGACGUCACCAGAAGAAAUUCUCCCUCUUUUCCCAGGGAAUUUCCACCAGAAUUUAAAAAACCUCUUAACCAAGAUAAUCUUGGAAAACAUCUCUGCCUGGAGGAAUGAAGCUCAAGCAAAUCAGAUCUCCCUACCUCGAUUGGUUGAUAUGGACUGGAGAGUGGACAUCAAGACUUCUUCGGACAGCAUCAGCAGAAUGGCGGUCCCUACCUGCCUGCUACAGUUGAAGAUUCAGGAAGAUGCUGCCUUGUGUGGGAAUAACCCGAUGAUCUCUGCAAUGACUGUGGAGCUGAGUAAAGAAACCCUGGAUACUAUGUUAGAGGGCCUGGGAAGGAUCCGGGACCAGCUCUCUGCCGUUGCAAACAAAUGAAUGCCUGGGGUGUACAUCUCAGCUGCCACUCAAACCUGGAAAGGAACUCUCCUCCAUCUUAAUUCCAGCUCUCUUACUUUGUGGGAUCUUGAUCUCUUUGUUAACCAAACAUUUUUUUUAAAUUAAUUGUUUUGCUGAUAACACAGCUUUUCCCAGGCAAACACUUAAACGUGCCCUUGGUCCAGUGCCAAAUGUAUUUACUAAUGUUGAAUGAAAAUUGGUCGGUAUUUCCAGGAAGGAUUUAAAGCCUCAGAGUCUGACUUAAUCACGAGGGCUGGAACGGGAAUAACAAACACCAGCAACCAAUGGAGCGAAUUUAUCUCCCUGCCCUGAAAUAAGGGACUAAAAAAGCUCAGGCUGGCUAAUGGGCUAGCUUCCAGCAUUAGCAGACAUUGAAGGUGCUUCUCUCUUGACUGCAUGUAUGGAGGUGCAUGCUGUAUGAAUCUUUUUCUCUCUCGCUCUCAAUGAGGCACAGCCAUGCCGCAGAUUGUUAUUACAGGAUAAUGCUUUGAAAUAAGGCAAUUAUGCUGCAGUGCAUUCCCUUCUGAUCAGCUCUGUAUCACCAUUUGCAAAAUGACUAAUCUGAACUCCUCAGUCUAAGUAACUGGGUUGGAACAUCUUUAGCAGCAUGUAAUUUCUUCCUUCCAUUUGAAAAGAAAAGGGGGGUUUGAUCACAGGUGUUGAGUUUAUUAGAUUUAAGCUUUGUCUCCUGCAAAAAAAAAAAAAAAAAAGAAGUGAAGACAGAAGGUAAAGGAUCAAUAGCAACUGUCUGUACCACAAAAAGCUUUUGUGUGGCAGUCAGUGCCUGUACUCCCCAACACGUCAAGUCAUAUGUUUGUGUAAAACAAAUCUUUUAAUAAAAGACACAAUUAAACUGCUA